UGGCAAAAGGGGGAAACGAUGAUGACGUCAUGGUCUCAAAUGGCUCGGUUGCUUUGCAGUAGGAAGUAACAAGCUUCCAGAACGACGACAAGAAAUCUGUUUGGAAUUCGAUUUAUCAACCAUCAAAAUGAGUAGUACAGAAAAUAAUAAGUCCAAACUUAUCACAGACACUGAAAAUGAAAACGUCUUCAACAUGCUGGGGAAAAGAUGCCAGACCUUGGCCACUGCAGUAGUACAACUGGUGGUUGCUUUACCUGAGUCAAGGAGCCGAUGGUCGAAGAAAGCUACGGGAGUCGCCUGUUUUGUCAAAGACAAUGGCAAACGUUCUUACUUUAUUCGAAUUUACGAUCUAUCCCGKUCACCAWCCUUAGCAUGGGAACAGGAACUCUAUAACCAKUUCAAGUACAGUGCUGUUCGCCCAYACUUUCACACCUUUGCUGCCGAUAGUUAUAAUGCAGGAUUAAACUUUUCAAGUGAGAAUGAAGCAAGRUAUUUCCAGUGUCAAAUUGAAAGCAAGCUGAAAGCGAAACAGCAAAGAAGACAAGUGCGGAGAAAUCAAACUAAGCACAGACCCCCACCACCAGCAGUUGGAGGCAGUGUAGAACCCGAAAGCAGAACAGAUGGUGGUGGAAUGGUGCAUUCACCUUCUCAAACCAGCCUGACAUCAAUUGGUAGUAAUACAUCAGCAAGGAAAAAGAGCACAAAGGAAAAGAAAGACAAGAAUAAAAAGGGAAAAGGCAGGGUCAGGUUGUCCAAGGAGGACAUUGGAACUCCAGAAAAUUUUCAGCAUGUUGGUCAUAUUGGAUGGGAUCCUCAAGGCGGCUUUGAUGUCAACAAUGUUGCCAUGGAUGACAACUGGAAGAAGCUUUUCACCAUGAUAGGUGUGACCGAAGGCCAGAUGCAAGAGAAGACAACAAGAGAGUUUAUCUAUGAUUUUGUUCAACAACAAGGUGGAAUUGAAGCUGUAACCAAGCAAAUUGAGAAAGAGGUAGACUCAACAGGUCCACCACCACCACCUUCCAGAGGUGCUCCUCCACCUCCGUCAAGAGGGGCUCCACCACCUCCACCACCACCAUCUAGAGGAUCAAUCCCUCCCCCACCGCCAAGGAUGGGAGCACCACCACCACCACCUUCAAGAAGAGCAGGUCCUCCACCACCACCACCAAUGGGUGGUCCCUCAGCGCCACCACCACCUCCAGUCCCAGGUGCCCCUCCUCCACCCCCACCUGUGAUGGCUGGCGAUAGAUCUGGCCCUCCACCACCUCCUCCUGUCUCUAGUGGCAGAGGUGACCUACUGCAACAGAUUCAACAGUCAAAGAGUCUGAAACCUGUAUCUGAUGCGGACAAACGAAAGUCUAUAAGUGGUGGUGGUGAUAGCCGUAGUGACUUGUUGAGUGAAAUCCGAGGUGGAGCAAAUCUUAAAAAGGUAACACAAGAAGAUGGAAAACCCAAAUCAGCAGAUCCGGCUCCGGGUGGAAUCCUUGGAGCUCUGCAGAUGGCCUUGCAAAUCAGAGACAACGCAAUCCAUUCUUCAGAUGAUGAUUCAGAUUCUGAGACAGAAUUUGAUAGUGAUGACGAUGAAUGGAAUGACUAAAGAAUAUUGGCGAAUAGUUGAAAGCAUGGUCACGUGACCGGUUGGUGGAUCUUUUUCAGUAGCCAUAUUUCAGUAUAUAUAAUGAAUUGCCCUCUUGAGAAGCAAAAAUUCAAAUAUCUUUAUAAAUUUUAUAUUUAAUUUUUUUUGAAUCUUUAGUAUAUCAUUAUCAAAAUAUAUCUUUACUUGAAUGAUGUUGAGAUUACGAACUGUGUCUUCCACGUGAUUUUUCGUUUUUGUAGCAACAAUUUUCUUGAUAACUAACCUGAAUAGAUAGGAAAGUAUUCUCAUUCGGAAUAUUUUAUAGCUAUCAGUUACAUCAAUAUUAAUGUUCUGAUUGAAGCCAGUUAAAAAUUUAAACGUGCCCAUCAAUGUGAAACAUCAACAGCCCUUGGGGCUACCACAAGUGAUUCUUCUAGCUCGCUGACUACACRUUACGAAGYUCAGCACUGAUUAAUAAUGGUAAUUGAACKUAGUGGAGURCAAUUUGGUCUGAAAUCAAACGAAUGAUUACAAAAUUGCACGACCACGUUGCAUCUACAUUUACUAAGCUUUGCGUUGCUUUUGGCCACUGAAAACAUGAAGUUAACGAAGAAGGAAGCAAAAUUUUUAUUUGGGAUAUAAAGUGAUGAUUCAAAUUGAUAGAUACUGUAGAUGUAUGCAAAACAAUACAGGAAAAAAAUUCAGAUAGAUAAUCUCGGCUAUUAAGAUCAAACCGAUAAAAAUCUAUUCAUAUUSUAACAACACUUUCUAUAAAAUAAACUAACCGAAAAUAAGAAUAAUGUUAAGAAUAAUGUUGAGAAUGAAACUUAGGAAUUAGGGAAGUCCGAAAAUAAAGACUCAAAAUUUAUUAUA